CGCGACAGGAAGGCGGAGCCGCGGCUUCCGGAACCUCCUCCUCCACUCCUGGCAGUGGCUGUGUGGGGCUGGAGGCAGCUGAGCUUUUUAGCCGGUGAUGGCCGCGGCCGUCGCUAUGGAGACAGAUGAUGCUGGAAAUCGACUUCGGUUUCAGUUGGAGUUGGAAUUUGUGCAGUGUUUAGCUAACCCAAAUUAUCUUAAUUUUCUUGCCCAAAGAGGUUACUUCAAAGACAAAGCUUUUGUUAAUUAUCUUAAGUACUUGCUUUACUGGAAAGAACCAGAAUAUGCCAAGUAUCUAAAGUACCCUCAGUGUUUGCACAUGUUAGAGCUACUCCAGUACGAGCACUUCCGCAAGGAGCUGGUGAAUGCUCAGUGUGCGAAAUUUAUUGACGAGCAGCAAAUUCUGCACUGGCAGCACUAUUCCCGGAAGCGGAUGCGCCUUCAGCAAGCCCUGGCAGAGCAGCAACAGCAAAAUAACGCCUCAGGAAAAUGAAAAGCUGGAUCCAGACCAGGCUCCUAAGACUGUAUAUGUUGCUUCUGUACAGUGAAGACCAAAAAAAAGAAA